GGAAGAUUAAUGAUAUCCUAAUUAUUAAAAUGCAACAAACAUCUCUUCACCUUAUAUUUUUGUGUAGUCUAUUGAUAUUUAUUCAACAGUGCAAUAAAACUGAUGCUCAGAUAUUUCGCAAUUUAUCGGUUUCUAUUAAAAAACGACUGGAUGACUUAAUAUCAUCAUUAACAAUAGACGAGAUUGUUGAGCAAAUGGCAAAUGGUGGCGCAGGUCCAACAUACGGUCCUGCACCGGCUAUACCUAGAUUGAAGAUCAAACCCUAUCAAUGGCGUACAAAUCCAAAUCAAGGUCUUUGUACUUCAUUUGUAAGUCACAUUAAUCAAGCUGCCUCGUUUGAUAUACUGGAUGUCUGGAAAAUUGCUUUCGCAAAUGGCUUAGAAAUGCGAGCUAAAUGGAAUCAGUUUAGUAAACAAAAUAAUUACCGUGAUAAUACGGGAAUAAAUGUGUUUGCACCGACUGUCAAUCUUCUUCGGCAUCCUCUUUGGGGAAGGAACAAGGAGACUUAUGGGGAAGAUCCAUAUUUAGCGGCUGAAUUAGCUAGAGCAUAUGUACAUGGGAUUAGUGGUUGGAAUGUACCAAACGAUGGUUCAAUCAAGGUAAACUUACUAACAAUAAAUCCAAUCAGACAACAUGUUGUAUUGGUUGGUGCAAACUGUAAACACUAUGCUGCGCAUUCCGGACCAGAAAACGAUCCUGUUUCAAGGUUAUCUUUUGAAGCUGAUGUCCCGGAACACGACUUGUGGAUGACCUAUUUCCCUGCUUUUCGUGCAUGUAUGGAAGCUGGAGCUGUUGGAGUUAUGUGUGCAUAUAGCGGAGUAAAUGGCACACCAGCUUGUGUAAAUCACUGGUUAUUAGAUACCGUACUUCGAAAGCAGUGGAAAUAUCCAGGUUUUGUAAUCAGUGAUGAAGGUGCCUUACAAUUUUUGAUAUCGAAACAUCAUGUUUAUUCGUCUUUACAAGAAGCUGCUUUAGCUGCAGUUAAAGCUGGUGUAAAUAUAGAAAAUGCAUUACCUAAUGAUGUUAACGUUUAUUCUGAAUUAUUAAACCUUACAAAAUCUGGUAAUGUGACUGAAGAUGAAUUACGAAAUCUAGUUCGUCCUUUGUUCCUUGCUAGAAUUCUAGAAGGUGAAUUAAAUUCGCCAGAAAUGGAUCCAUAUGCUCAUUUAUUGCCCAGUACAGUUGUUAAGAGUGAAAAGCAUAAAUAUUUAUCAUUGGUUACUGCGGCCAAAACAAUGGUACUUUUGAAAAACUCUGAAGAAUUCCUUCCACUUAAAAUGAAGCCGGAUACAAAUGAACGGCCGUUAAAACAUGUCGCCUUACUUGGACCAUUUUCAACAAAUAUCAGUGAAUUGGUUGGAAGUUACACUAAACACAUUAAUCCGGCUGAUACAGUUCCACUGGAUAAAACUCUUGAGAAAAUAAGUGAAAGCGUUACUGCUUCAGAUAUUUGCAUUGAUGGUGGGAAGUGUACAAUGUAUGACGAUUUAGCUAUUCAAGAAAUACUUUCCAAACCAGAUAUUGACCUUGUUAUCAUAACCAUUGGCACGGGACGAAAUGUUGAAGAUGAAGCACAUGAUAGACAUAAUCUGAAUCUACCUGGACAUCAGAAUGAAUUUUUAUUAAGUACACUAGAUAUGGCAGCCGGUCGGGGAAUAAUUAGACGCAAGCCUGUCCCAGUAGUUUUACUAGUCUUUUCUUCUGGACCAAUUGAUAUUGAGCCAGCAGUGGAAGAUGAAAAUAUAGUAUCAAUUUUUCAGAAGAAAUCGUUAUGAUGUAAAUAAUAUUUGCACGCUCUUUUUUGAAAUCCGCUGAAGUCCAAAUAGUUUCUGCAUACACUGGAUACGGACAAACUAAGUUUGCUUGACUGAAACAUUGUGAAUCCAAUUAUUAAAUGAAGUUAAAUACUAGUUAAUCUAUAUCAUUACUUCUACCUCUGUAUUAAUAUAACUCAUUCAUAAGCUCUUCCUUUGACAGGAACAAAUCACGAUCGACAGAAUCAUACAUUCAAAUUGCACUGGAAUGUCUUUGAUUUCAGUGCCUUUUUGUUUUUUUGGGAAACUGAUGCGUCAAGUUAUCAUGUAUUGUUUGAUGUGUAACGCAAACAUGUUUAUUCUCAAAUAAUAUUAACCAGAAGUAUUGGAUCCAUAACUCAUCCUAGAUUCAUGAAGUAAUUGACAGAAAAAUUAUUUCAAUCUGUAAACAAUAUGACUACUAGCUGUAAACAAGUAAUCAAUAUAAUCACAAUGGUUUUAUCUGGAUAAUUUAAAUGAUUCUGACUCUGAUAUUAUUAAGUUUAACAUACAGGUUGAUCAGGCUGCUUCAUAUGCUAUCAAACAGCCUUUAUUAUGCAAUAUAUUUUAUUUUUUGUGGCUAUAUCACAACAUAAUAAAUGUUGAACAUAGCAACCUAAUACAUGUUAAAUUUUUACGCAAAUGAACGAUGGGAUUAUUUCAACUUAAAUAAGUUUUAAUUUUACGAUAAAUUGGAUAUCUAUUCACUUUCUCAAGGUUAAAUCCAUAUUUUGGUGUGGUUAUAUGAAUGACAUACUCGGUGAAGUAAUAGUUCGUGUACUGAUGGGAAAUCCUGGUAAACCAUUUGGGCCGUACGCACCGUUAUUACGAUUGGAUCCUGAGUUAUCCGAAAUCGGUAUGUGGGGUAUGGAUAUAGAUGAAGGUUACUGGUGGAUACCAGCGGCUAGAUUACCAUUUACUUGGUACGCUUCGAUUGACGAGUUAGCCAAUAUAACUGUAUAUAAAAUGACAAAUCAGACCUAUCGUUACUUGCCAAAAUCUUGUACCAAGCAGCAAAAUGCAUGUAAAAUACCAAUUUUGUAUCCAUUUGGCUACGGAUUAUCUUAUAACAUGCUGUCCCCUUCAAUUAGUGGUAUUGAAUAUUUAGAACUGGAGUUGCCACUGUCUCCGGUUAAACCAAACCAACCAAUAACUGUUUAUGCAACGGUAGCUAACGUAGGAUAUAUUGCAUGUGAGGAAGUAGUACAACUGUAUAUACAAUGGUUAAAAUGUGGGCAAACUGAUAUAACUAAUGAAGAUCAGUGGGAAUGCACUACACCUAAUAUUCAGUUGACAGGCUUUAAACGUAUUCGACUAGAUGUUGGCGAAAAAAAGGAUCUUCAUUUUCAAAUAUCCCCAGACCAGUUAAGUGUAUGGUCUAAUCAACAUAAAUCCAUGGUUCCUGGUCAAGGCACUCUCCGUAUAACAGUUGGAGGACAACAACCUGAUCAACCAGUUACAGUUGGAUCAAACUAUUUGAUUGGUAUAGUUAAAAUAGAUCACACAUAGCUAGAAAAGGCUUGGAACUUAAAACAAGGAAUGAGUUUGUGAUCAAUUAAUAUUGCUCUAUAUUUGAACUCAAUGGAUAAUGCUUGAUAUUAAAAUAUAUAAUUUGUUAUAUUUGAUUUGAAUAUAGCAAAAUUUUCUGCUCUUUGAGUAGACUAUUGAUUACAAGAAUUCCUAUUCUAACUCCCCAUAGAAAUAAAAUUUCAUGAACUAUUUUU